UGAAGUAAUAGAUUAGUUUUUGAUAUCUAAAUAAGGGGUGAUUACUUUGGCAUUAAUAGGUUUUUUUCCUACUGUCUAAUUGUUAGACAUUACAGGAAUAUGAGGGAUGAAAGAAAUAUAUGCUAAUGGAAAAAGAGGUUAUAUGUGUUAUUAAGUAUUUUUGUUAAUUUUUAUUGUUAAUUUUUAAUUUUAUUGGAUCUGCUGAUUUAUAAGGAGAGCAAAAAAUUAAAAGAGUUUAUAGAAAAUGGGAUGAGGUAUGAAUGAAAAAAUAUCUUCUUGUAUUAUAAGCAAUGAAUUGUUAAUGAAGCUAACAUUUGGUCUUUGCAACAAACUAAGAGAAAUGUAAUUCUGAUUUUGGGAUUUGAUUAUUGGGAAUUAUGUCUGUUAAAAGCUACCAGAAAUAGCAAUAUAUGUUUUAAUCUUGAUCAAAUUAAUCCGGUUUAUACUGUUUACUUUUUAAAAACUUGAUCUUUAAUCAUUUCAAAUAAUAUCCCACAAGUUGAUUUAUCAUUUUCUCUGUCUCCUCUCAGAAAUUCCUUCACUAGUUUCAACAUAUCUAUUUUGUACAGCCAAGAUAAGAAAGCUAUCCAAGUCAUUCUUCUGAUUUAUUAUUUGUAUGUCACCUUUAUUAAGACUAGCCUUCAUCCAUGAGUUUAAUUUGUAUUUCCAAUAUGGCAAUAUCCAAUAUUACUUUUGUAGUCAACAUUUUAAAAUCAACUUUCAGAUCCAUGUUCAAAUCAGUUUCAGUCUGUUUUGUCCAGUAAAAAAGCUUUUCCUCUUCUUUAGCUGUAAAAGGUAUUUUUAAUGGGUGAGAAAAGUUGCUUGAAUUUAGUUGUCUGAUUGUUCUUCAAUAUAGCAAAUAAAGCAGCGUUGGAUUGUUAAGCUUCCUGUCACCUAGUUAAAUUACACUGUGCUCUGACUGUCUUAAAGGUUAACAAACAAUGUUUUGAACAUUUCAGGGAAAAUAAUUAAAAUGAUCUUCCCCCUCAAAGAUAAUUGCCUUGGCAUGUGGGAUGUAAAUAAAAAGUAUUUACAUUUAGCUACAUCUCCCAUGUUCUUUUCUAGUACUGGAUGAAUGAAUACACCUCCUCCCUUGGAAUUGGAGUAUUUCACUCAGGAAUUGAGAUAUAUGGUAGAGAAUUUGCUUAUGGUGGUCAUCCAUAUCCUUUCUCUGGAAUAUUUGAGAUUUUACCAGGCAAUGCAUCUGAAUUAGGGGAAACAUUUAAAUUCAAAGAAGCUGUUGUUCUUGGAAGUACUGACUUCAUGGAGGAAGAUGUAGAAAAAAUUAUAGAAGAACUUGGAAAAGAAUUUAAGGGAAAUGCUUAUCACUUAAUGCACAAAAACUGCAAUCACUUUUCUUCAGCUUUAUCAGAGAUUCUCUGCGGAAGAGAGAUUCCUCGUUGGGUGAAUCGUCUUGCCUAUUUCAGUUCCUGUAUUCCUUUUCUCCAGAGUUGUCUACCAAAAGAAUGGCUUACACCUGCUGCCCUUCAGUCUAGUGUAAGCCAAGAGCUUCAGGAAGUCCUAGAAGAAGCAGAAGAUGCUGCAACAACAGCUUCUCUGCCAAGUUCAGCAUCAGGGGCAAGAACUGGCCAUCAUACUAAAAUAUAGGUUUAGUCCAAAGUACUGUUACUUUGGAAGUUUUAUCAAUAACUGACUUCCCUUAUACAAUAGUAAAUAGACAUUUGAUGGUGUCUUUGGUUUGCAAUUAGAAAACUAAUUCAAACCCAUUGUGUUCUGCUCAGGAUUUUAUAUGUAGUAAAAAAAGUGUCUUGAGGAAAUGAAAAGAACUCGAGAAGAAUUCAAAUGCAAUCUUCAUUUUAAUCUAAUCAAAUGACUUGGACUAAUUGAGCAGAAGUUAAACUGUUUACAGUAUUGUGUGUUGCUGUUUACAAAUCCCCGAGGGAUAUCAGCCAUUAAAAGAAAAUGAAUAAAUUCAGUACAGCCUGCAUAACUUCAUCAACAUCAGUGGAAGUAUAGUAAUGGUCAGUGUUCCUUGCUACUGCCUUGGAAUAGAAUAGGUUAGAGUAUGCCUCUUCGAACUCUUGUUGGUAUACAAGGAACUAGUAAAUACUAUGUGUAAACAGGGUACAGAAUUAUCAGUACAAAGAAUUUUGUCUAAGACAGAAAGUAGUCUUACUAUUUAGCAGAAAUGUUCCUAAAAUGUUACUUCUAUGUCAAUUUUUUUCAAUUUACAAUGAGCAAAUUUAUAUUUUAUUACAAAUACAAGUGCAUUUUUGAGUGAUAAAUUGCAGUCAUUUUAUUUCAAUUGCCUCAUGUUUUUAUCUGAUUUGUAGAUAUGAAAAAUCCUUGUGAGAUUUUCAGAUAAUAGUGCCUGUUUCACAUAUCAUUUAAAAUCUGAACAUAAGAUGAAUGCAUAUAAAACAGAUAAAUUACAGAUUCAUAUAAACUUGUGGGUGAGUUAAUUUAGAACAUGGUAAAUAAUAGGGUCAUUUGGCAAUUAAAAAUUUCCAAACCUAUUAUUGGAAAGGAUCAUCCAACAGAUGUAAAGUGUUGUUAAAUAGAAUUUCAAUUCAGAAACUCAAAGAGAAGUGACAGUUGUAAUUGCCUUUCUCGGCAGCCAGAUUCAAACAAAGAAACCAAAUGCUUUAUCCAGCUCACUGUGUUUUUGCUGAAUCAAUGGGUGUUUUAGAUGAAUAAGUUAUAGACAUUUUUGUGCCAUUAAAUAGCAAUAUAUAUUGUGUGAACUACAAAAAAAUCAAUUGCAAAAAUAUUAGAUGAAUAUCUUCUAUUUAACGUGUUCUAUUGGUGACAUGAUUUCAUUGGGGUAGAGAUUAACAGGACUGGCAUUUAAUUGAAAUUGGAUUCAGAUUUUUAUAUAUGCAGUUCUAAGACUCUUCCAAAUAUAUGGAAAGGAAUGACCUGGAAACUGUGUUUAAACCAAGGCUUUUCAAGGCUUGCAUUAGUGAAGAAUAUUAAUUUCAAAUAUAUCUAAUGUUUAAAUCCCGUACUUUAUUUUCUUUAACCAAUCAUCUAAAUUGGGUUUCUGAGAAUACAUUUUUAAAAUCAUAACUAACUGACAAAGAGAUAAUUUGGUUUUUCAAUUGAUAUGGAAAAGAGAUUUCCUACCAGUAGUAUGGAUCUCUGUUAAGGAAGUUGACAUGUUAACAAAGAAAACUCUGCUCUUAAUUAUUUAUAGGCUGGUGGAUAGAAAUUUCUUCACUCCUUUCAAGGAAGGAUAAUGCACAUAUUUUUUGACAUUACUUACCAGUGCCAUGGAAUUUUACCCAUCCAGAGUUGCUGGAAUCUCCAUCAAAUUCUAUAAAAUAAACUGGUUUUAUUAUUAAUUACAGAAUAAUUUAACAUUUUAUAUUUUUAUAGUCAUCCACAACGACAGCAUGUAAGGAAUGCAAGGAAAUACAUGGCAUACUAAGUAAAAGCAAUUCUUUAUUAACAUGGUUCUGAUUUUAUUGGACUUUUCUAUUAUACAUAUUGUGGCAUUUUAUAGUGAUUGUAUGUCCACAAACAGCUGAACUCUGACACUGCUACAAUAUCUUAGGGAAUGAUGGGAGUUCUAUAACUUAUCACGUGUGCUAUAUCAAUUCUAUACUUGAUUCCUUGAACAAAUCAACCUGCCAAAAUCUGUUUCCCUAACUAGCAACAGUUGAAGAUGUUUCACCAGCAUUACUACUCAGCAGGGAAUGCACUUCUCCAGUAGCCAUAGUGUGCAUUAAAGCUAAAAACCCUUUCUACCUAUAAUACUGGAUAUCUCAACCUUUAAAAAAAAAAAAAAACGGGUAGAAGAAAUACAUUUUGGGUUCUCUGAUCUGCCUAAUUUCUAUUUUGUUUCUUAUCAAAAAGAAUACUGUAGUUGUUUGGUGUUUUGUCUUAUUAAUGCCAUUUUUAAGACGCCAUUCAUAUUUAAUAAGUCAAAAAUUAAUUGCUUACAAAUGUCAGACUACACUAGUAAACUGGAUAGUUUCAUUAUAAAAAUAUGGUGAGGUUCUUCUUGAAUACAUGCAAUACAACUGUUAACAACUGAUGUUCACUUUUAGAUGGUUUACGAUAGUUUUCACCAACACAUUUUUGUAAACUAAAAAUAGGUUUACUGUAAUACAUAGUAUCUGAAUGAAAUAGCAGAAGAUGUUGACUUUUGUUACAUUGUUAUGUCUAUUAUAAACUUGAAUCCAUUAAUUUAU